CCGAGGGGCCUCGGAGGAGGACGCGGAAGGCCGCCGCCGCCGCCGGGAACCGCCAUGUUGGAAGCUCUGUGUCUGUAAGGCAAAGGAGAAGGGCGGUGAGUGAGGAUGUCGGCCCUCAACUGGAAGCCCUUUGUGUAUGGCGGGCUGGCCUCCAUCACGGCCGAGUGCGGCACAUUUCCAAUUGAUUUAACCAAGACACGCCUCCAGAUUCAAGGCCAGGCAAAUGAUGCCAACUUUAAGGAAAUCCGGUACCGGGGGAUGUUGCACGCGCUGGUGCGGAUAGGCCGGGAAGAAGGGCUCAAGGCGCUGUACUCGGGAAUCGCCCCUGCGAUGUUGCGCCAGGCUUCCUAUGGCACCAUCAAGAUAGGCACGUACCAGAGCCUGAAGCGAAUGUUUGUUGAACGGCCAGAAGAUGAAACCCUACUGAUAAACGUUACAUGUGGAAUUCUCUCUGGAGUCAUAUCCUCAGCCAUUGCCAAUCCAACUGAUGUUUUGAAAAUUCGGAUGCAAGCCCAGAGCAGCACCAUCCAAGGAGGAAUGGUGGACAACUUCAUGAACAUCUACCAGCAAGAGGGCACCCGGGGCCUGUGGAAGGGCGUGUCCCUCACUGCUCAGAGGGCGGCUAUUGUUGUCGGCGUGGAGCUGCCAGUCUAUGACAUCACCAAAAAGCACCUGAUCCUCUCUGGCCUGAUGGGCGACACUGUGUAUACCCACUUCCUGUAGGUCCAUGGUUGGUUAAAAAUCACUGUUUCAUAU